AUGGCCGAGAAAAUGUCUACGGCUGAACGAAUCACGAAAGUCCGCUUUUGGAGAUUAUACUACUCGGCAGUGAUCCAGCAAACAAACUCCGUUGAUGACGUGAUACAUUUGCUGGAAAAAAUUUAUUACAAACCGAAAGGAAAGGUUAUAUUAAAUUAUUAUACAUUAUUCGUUAUAAUCGAAUAUUGGAAAUAUUUAUUCUCAAUAUUGUUGUAUUUUAUACUCGAUGAUAUAUUUCAACAUUUUUAAAAAUAUUAUUUUAUCCAACCGUUUUAAAUUCAGUUUAAAUGGUUUUUUUUUUUUUUUACUGUUAUUCAUAAUGCGCGUCCAAUGUGAAAAUUGUUUAGAAACACAAUAUACAAUUGUUUUAACGUUUUUCAGAAAAUAAUGUCUCAAAUGUUGGACCAUUUAUUGGGGCAAUAUCAGUAUUUUUCCACGUACAAGCGACACGAACUGAUAUUAGCAGGUCGUCUUUAUGGUGGCGUAAUAAAUAAAGCGCGGUAUCAUCGAGUAAGUAAUCUUCCAAGCGUUAUUUAUCGAGUAUAGUAUGAACAAGUAUAUUUUAUUAGUAUUAUUUAUUUAUUUGUUGAAAUGACGAAAAUUUGCGUACAGCAUUGCAAUUUGUAUUGGAAUCGCUUAAACAAAAUAACAAAUCCGGUAUAUUUGCAUUCGGCGUAAGUGCUGUUCACCAGUUCAGUAAAUGCGUGAAGACCGAUCGCGUGCGUCAAUAUCUAAAUUAUAUGCUGGAUAUUCCAAAUAUUCAAAAACACGUAUACGAGGUAUGAUUAAAAACAAUUAAAUGAAGUUAUUAAUAGUGUAUAUUGAAUGUAAAAACUUUAAAAAUUGCGUAGAAUCUUUGAGAAUAUUAAUGUGAAACAUACAUUUAAAACAAAAAGAACAAUUUAUUGAAUAAUCUUUUUUUAUUAGGUAUUUCAUUAAUUUAAAAUGUCUUUUAACAUCUAUACAUUAUUCUUGAUGUUGAUAAAUAUCUUAGAAUAAAAUUACGAAUGACGAAUACAAUAUUAUUGCUCGAAUACGUUAUUCAUAUUUUUAUAUUUGUAUUAUGUAUUUUGUGUUAGCAUUUGAUUGAGAAAACCACGAAAGAAGUUUUAUCAUGGUCUGAAGAAUUUUCACAAAAUAUGAAAAUAACCCAAAAUACUGGAGACGACCAACAAUCAAAACGAAUUAAAAAUAACGAUAGUGAUAACGAUCACGUCGGCAAAAAGGCGACGAAAAAGAUAUUAAAGAAAGCGUACAAACGGAAAUGA